CAGCCAUGUGGGAAAUUAAUUUGUUUGCGCAAUGACAGACUGCAGUGAAGGUGAAAAUCCAGAAAAUGGCGCUAAUGUUCUUCUUUUUUUCUCCCACCUUCUCCGAACCAGCAGAUGGCGGUAGUGCUUCUGAGCAUCAUCUGUGUUAUCACACAUUGAUGAUUAAUCUGCUCUCUCUCUCUCUCGGAAAUUUGCGAAAUAAGACGGAAGAGGAUCCUCUUCACAGUGACCUUUCUCCAUCCACCGAGUCUUUUUGCUGCCUGCUUCAGUCACUGUCUUGUCCCCUCCUGUUGACGUCAUGUCUCAGAAGGCAGAUGGAGGUCAGAAACCAUUCUCUGUGGGUCGGGGGCUCCUUGGUGCCCCAGAAACCUUGAACUUCAACAUGAACGAGCAACAUUCUGGUCGGCCAAUGGGGGGCAUGUCCUCAGGUGUAGGGAUGGGUGGGAUGGAGGGGCCAGAUGGCGGUGCUCAGAUUUCCCGGCGUGGCGGUGGAAGUAAUCUUGGCAGCACCAUGAAGCUCUUUGCCAGUCUGGGGCUGUCGCCCUCUGAUCUGGAUGCUCUGGUUAAAAUCCCUGAGGAAGACAUCAGUGUGGAAACUCUACCGCGCAUCCUCAUGCAGCUCAAGAGCCGCAAAGGGGCUUCAGGAGAGCGGGGUGCAGGGUCCUCCAUGUCCUCCGAGGGUGUGUAUCGAGGAGGAAGGGACAGCUGGGACUCCUCACUCGGUCAGGGCUCUGGAGACUUUGGGUUUAGCCCCAGGCAGGAUGUUUUUUCCAGCAGGGGCUUUGGUUCUAGUUAUGGCGGGACUGGGGAUGGACACACAGAGAGGUCUUUUUCAGAGCUUUCCCGCCAAACCUCCUACAGCGGGCUCAGCGGAGGGGCACUGCAGUCUGACUCCAUCUUUAUGCAGAGGAGGAUGGGCUCACCGUCAGCUGGAAAGGUUCAAGACUACUUUGGAGUCCCUCCCUCCAUGUUUCCUCACGUGUGCGCUCUUUGUGACUUUGACGUUCAUUCCACCAUGGAGUGGAACCAACACCUUAAUGGGCUGCGACAUGCUGAAAACAAACGGCGUCUUCUGGAAAUGUAUCCAGAGUGGGAGCCUGGGAUGCCUUCGAGCAGCAGUGGGGGCUACUGGGAAACCCCCAACCUAUCAGCGGGCCUGCUCGGACCUCCUCCCAUUUCUUCGGGAUCCACCGGAGGAAUGUCCUCCAGCUGGGGUGGCGGAGGCCGCGGCCCAUCUGGAAACCCACUGGGACAGAAUACAAUGCAGAGCAGGGUGGUGGUGGUGAAAUAUGAGAGGAAGCCUCUGAGUAACAAGACGCUGUUUGCCUUUACUGAGCCUUUUGGCCGCCUCAGAGAACACCUGGUCCUCAAGAACAAGGCCUUCCUGGAGAUGAACACUCAUGAUGAAGCUCUGGACAUGGUGAACUACUACAAUCAGAACCCAGCGUCUCUUUAUGGGAAACCCGUCACCUUCUACCUGUCCAAGAGGCUCAUGGUCAUCGAGAAAGAUUCACGCUCAUCAGACCGACCCAUGGACCGGCCUCUUCGGGAUCUCAAAGGUCACAACAGCAAAGUGGUUUUCUUCUCUAACCUGCCCAGAGAGGAUGAGAAGAAGAAGGAGCUGCUGACCAUCGCUGAGCGCUUUGGCGUGGUGGAGAAGCACCUGUUCUUAACUGACCAGGCCUUCAUUCAGCUGGGGACGGUGGAGGACGCUGAGAUGUUGGUGAAGUAUUACAGUGUGAACCCGCUCACCAUCAGAGGAAGGUCCAUCCGCCUCAAUGUCUGCACCAAAUACAAAACCCUCAACGUAAGCCACAGACAGGAAGCAAAAGAUGGUCAGGGCCGGAAGAGUAGCAGAACAGAUUCAACAUCCUCUGCCAAGACAGCCAUGUCCAAAUCUAAGAGCAAGGAUGAGAAGCAGAAGCAGCAAGAGGAGGAAGAGGGGGAGAAGGCGAAACCUGGAGACAAACCUGCAGCAGAGGAGGAGGAGGAGGAGAAAGAUGAGGAGGCAGCAUGUGGAGUAGAGGACAAAGGGGAAGAUGAAAAGGCUGAUAAAGACCCAGAGGAGGAGGAACCAGGAAGAGCAGAGGCUGUGGAGGAGGAGGAGGAGGAGAAGAGUGAGGCUCCUGAUGGCAAUGAUGUCACAGCUGGAGAUGUGACCAAACAAGCGGCAGAGUCAGAGGGACAGACUGAAGCAGCAGAAACAGAAGCUUCAACUGAGGACCACGAGAACAAAGAUGAAGGAAACAAAGCAGCAGAGGGCUGUGAGGCAGAAACAGAUGAGAUUGACCAGGACUUCCUGGAGAACAUGGGGGACUUUGUGACACUGGACGAGUUGGGAGAAGAUGAAGGUGAUUCUCAUGAGGAGUCGGAAGCUUUUGAUAACACAAGAAAAGGGGGAAUGAGAGUGGUGAACAUUGGUGGCUUCAGGAGAGGUUACAACUUCGUCCAUGAGCUCCUGGCACUCGCUAAACCUUUUGGGAAGGUGGUAAAACACCUGGUUCUGGACCUGCGACCCGAGGCGUACAUUCAGUUUGAGAAAGAGGAAGACGCGAUCGCCAUGGCAAAGUUCUACAACAGUAAUGUUACGGCGUCUGUGUGCGGCCGGCCAGUAAGGAUCACUCACUACCGGAGUCAUCCCACCAUCCAGUGUGGGGACAGCAAAGUUGUGUACAUCGGUCAGAUUCCCAACGUUAAAUACUCCAAUGAAGAUAUUCUAAGCCUUGCUGAGCCAUAUGGAAAAAUUCGGAAGUACUUCCUGCACAGGCUGAGGAGAGAGUGUUUCGUAGAGAUGGACAGAGUGGAGGAUGCAGAGAAAAUGGCUGAAGCGUGUAAAGAGAAGCCGCUGAAGUUUCGAGGAAAACGCCUUACCACCUACGUGAGCAGGAAGUACAAGCAGCUGAAACAUGGCCAUCUCUGUCCGACCAAGAUAAAAAGGGCAUCCAGCAGCUCUCCACCAAAAUCCAGCCAACCCACCGAAGAGCCGCCAGCCAAAAAGCAGAAAGUGGAGGAGCCAAAGGUGGAGGAAGAGGAACCAAAUGUAGAGAGGAAGGAGGAGCCAAAGGAGGAGAUUAAGGAGGUGGAGAACAGUGACAAUAAAGAAGAAAACUCUUCUGAGAAACCUUUAGAAGAUUCUGAAGAGAAGAAAAACAGCAAAGAUGAGAACCAGGAAAAUCAGCAGGAGGAUAUGGACACAUCAACCGAUCAAAAUGGACAGAAUGAAGCUACAACCACACCUGACAUCAAACCCAGACUGGCGUCUCUGCCACUGCCACCCUACGACCCUGAUACGCCCAUCGGUGUGGAACAUGUGAAGAUGGGUUACUACUGUCGCGUCUGCUUCCUGUUUUACUCGAACGAAGACACGGCCAAAAAAAACCACUGCAGCAGCCGUGUGCACUACGACAAGCUGCAGAAACAUCUGGAGAAGGAACAGACGAAAGCUGGGAAGAAGGUGAAGAAAACUGUCUGAAUCUGAAUCUCCAACAAGGAUUAUUAUUUUUUUAUUUUGUUCUUUACACGUGAUUUUAGAUUUUAGACUUCGUGUUUAGUCUGUUGCCAUGACUACUUCCAUUCCUGUAGGAUCUGGAUGUUUACCAGAAUAAAUGACUUCCUCAGAUGUGACAUUUUUAUUUGAAAACUAAAAUUACAGAUAAAGUUAAACCA